AUGCAUCUGCCUCGUGCCUGUAGUGCUUCAACGGAGUAUAUGCUGUAUACUGUUGACGUUGGAAGUGAUGAAAGUGUGGGAAAACUGAAAGCUAUUCGAAAAAAGCGGAAUUCGUAUAUUGCACCGCGGUUGGCAACAAACCAAGGUGUUUGGGGUGGAAUAUUUCACAUUAAUCAAAUAGUGAUGAUUUAUGAUCAAAAAUGCACAAGAAUUCGUGGUGUUGAUUUUUCACAAGCAACAGUAUUAGAAUUAGAUCACCAGCAGCAGCGAUGUUUAGUUAAAUUCAAUUACAAUCAGUUAAGCGAUUAUGCUGGAUUUUAUGAGGUAUUUCAAAUGCCAUUUCAAGGUUUAGAAGAUGAUGAUAUGGAUAAUGACAAACUGGCAUGUUUGAAACGUAUUCAAUCAAUGGAAAUUAAUCCAUCAUCAAUUAUGAACAACAACAGCUUGAAAGCACUGUUGGAGUAUUUAGAUUAUCAACAAUCCGAAUAUGGAUCAGAAUUGUAUCAUGAUAUCGAUACACACGAAUUAUAUGUUGAUCCAUUUGAUAGUCGAUAUAAUUCUAGUGACGAAGAUGAAGAGGAAGCAGAAAAAACAAAUUCCCAGCCUGCAACACCUGGUACAACGCUAGGAACAGUCCGCAAACAUUGUUUCCAUGAUCAACACAUGCGUGACUUUGCCUGUUAUCUUCAAAAUACAGCAUAUCGAUUUUUAGAAAAUUACACGAAACGAACACAAGGUAACAUGGAAGAAACAUCAUUAAAAGAAAAUGGUGAGAUAUGGUAUGACCAUCAAAUAAAACAACAGCGUCAACAAUUUAUUCGGACAACACCAUCUCAUUCACAUGAUAAUGAAAAACUAAAACAAAUAAUAGCAGCUGCUGCUAGUGAACAACAUGUAAUAACAAAAUUACUAAUAAAUACAAAUAAUCCUCAGAAAAAUCAACUAGAAGUUGAACAUGAAUUAUUGAAACCACCACAACAAAAUCGCAAGCAACAACGCCCUUCAUGGCUCCAACAACCAACACAAAAAGUUGUUGAACAACGGUCAAUAAAACAACCUUCGUUUUUUGUACUACAAAUGGCGUUUCUUCUGAUCAAAUUGCACAGAAACCUCAGCAGUCGAGGAUUAGCACGGGGACCAACACAAUCGAUAGCUGGUACUUAUGCACAUGUCUCCUUAAUUCUAGCAGUUGUUCGUGUGGGAAUUAUAUUCCGACCUGACACAAAAGAUGGUUCUACAAAUAUUGAAAAUACCUCUGGUCAUUGGGAUUGGCUAUGGCCGUAUAUUGUAUCAUAA